AUGGCAGGUCAAGUGGCGCAUUGGAUGAAUUUGCAUCGUGACCUCAUCGCUCAGCGGAAGGACCGUGAGAUCUUGAGCAAAAUCUGUCAAAGAAUCAAGGGGAUCAAUGAUCGUUAUGUGAAUGUGGGGGCUCACCCUGAAGGUCUAACUGAACAAAAGUUAGAUGAGUUAGACCUUGCGGCCUCAGAGACCUUUGAAGCCAUCGAUGAGAUGCUGCACCAGGCUUCCAGCUGGUGCCCCUCUCCCACCCCCGUGGCCACGCUGCAGCAGUUGCGCACCCCGGCCGCCGCGCCGCGACCCCCGCGCCCGCCCGUGUCACCGGCCUCCCCGGCGUCGCCGGCCUCGCCGGUGUCGCCGGCGUCGCCGGGGGCAACGGUGACGGUGCACAUGCGGAAUGGGGAGCAGUACACGGUGGAUGGCGGCAGAAGCUACGUGGUUGGUGGCGUCCGCAAACCCAUUUGCAAGUUCUUCUGCUCUGGAAGCUGCAAGCAGAUGAAGAACUGCAAGCAGGGUGCGCAUCCCUGCAAGUUCCAGGACAGCUGCCGCAACGCCAAAUGCAUCUUCGAUCACCCCGAGCCCCACGCGGACCCUGCGGAGACUGCGGAGGCCCCGGCGCCGCCCGACAGCGAGGAGGAGCCAGCGGAAACGGAGCCGAGGUUCGCAAAGGAGGUCUGCCGCUUCUUCACACGAAGCCAUUGCCAGAGGGGCGACCGUCGGCUGGGCAGAAAAUUUGAGGCCGAGGUGGCGGAUGGCAGGAAGUUGCAACCUGCAAUGUUUGCCUUGUGGGGUGAUCGGGAACUGGCCACAAGCUUCCCAGAAAAUUGGCCCCGCAGCGGUGCCAUGUGGCGCCUCCCACGGCUGAAAGCCGCCGCGGGUCUCCGCGGCUUUGGUGCGCGUGCCAGGGGUGUGCUGGUGCUGUGGGAUGAGCGACGAGGCUUCGGCAAGGUGCAGUGCAGUGACGGUAGGGAGCUCUUUGUGCACAAGAGCUACCUUCGAGAGGAGGUGAAGCAAGGGAACGCGGUCGACUUCGAAAUCCAAUGGGUUGAGGAGAAGAAGCAGGAUCACGCGAAGGAUGUCCGUCUGGCUCCGGAGUCCGUUGACCAAGGCGCUUCACCGAUUCAGGCCAUCCGCUCUGAGGACCUUAUGAAGGUGGAGCCCUUAGAGUUGCCCCCGGAGGCCACCGAGCGGCAGCACUUGGAGAUGAUGGCGCGACAGAUGGAUCAGCUCCGACAGCAAGGCCUACAAAGCCAACAGCUGCUUGCCCAGAACCAGCAGUUGCUGGUGCAAAGUCAGCAGCUUUUGGUGCAAGGGCUCUUCGCUCUGAUCCAACAGCAAAACAUUCAGAAUGCCAAUUUGGAACGGGCCCUCACGGCUUUGACGAACAAGAUGGGCGUCGAGAUGCCGCCGCCAAGCAGGGUACCAGAGGUGGAUUUGUUGAAAUUUCCAUCUGGGCAAACGCUGGGUGUGCCGGCGGUGUCAGCUACACCUGCAACUAGCGGAACUAGCGUGAAAGAGGAGGAGGCCCUUCCUGCCGCAGUGUCUCCAGAGGUGCCUGACGGCGAAACAACGUCUGAGGAGGAGCCAUUGGAGAGUGAACCUGAUCCUCAGGUCCAGGACAGCCCAGUCUCAAGCCGCAGCCUGACGAAAGACAGCGGCCGCGGCGCCAAGGGCAAACCAAAGGACAGGAAGGCGGGAAGCCAGACCUUCAAACUACCUGAGAUUUCAGUUCCAAGCCCACGGACUUCGGACUGCGGUGAGUUGCUGAUGCCCGCCCUGUCCUUUCCGCCGUCGAAGGUGAGGCAGGAAGAAGCCCCAUCCUCUCAGUCUCUGCCUGUGAGUUCUUUCCGCAAUAUGCGUCGCUUGCGUGCUCCAGCUGCCGAUCGAAGGGACGAACUGGAGCUGCUGAAGUUGAAGGAUUUAGCACAGCACUAUCGACGUUGCACUACUUUGGAGUUGGAGGAUGCAGGUGAGGACCUCGAACGCUCCGACACCAAGUCCACGCAAGCGGAGACAGAGGCCGGGCGAGAACAUGAAGUGAAGCAGGCCUUGGCACAGCUGGAGAUCGACUUCGACGUUGCAUUUGAAAACAUCGCCAAUAUGACCUUCACCCGCUGUGAGCAGGUGAGCCGCCGGAUUUCGGAGGAGCUCUUCAUGCCGCUGGUGCCGCAGGAACUUCGCGGCCUUUGA